GUGGAGGUAGAUCUGACCCUGACCUAGCUUUUCAUCUAUCCUGACUUUUAAAGCUUAACAGUUAUCUAUGCUGGACAUGUCGAAUCUUCCAGAUUACAAGAUAUAAAAACAUUCAAGAAGACUAUUAAACUGACUAGAUCGAGUGCAGUCAAGUAGCCAGAAUACUGCCCAUUGGACGUUAUUAAGGACCUUGAACGGUACCACAACACCAAGGAGUGAGCUCCGUAUGAGAUUUUCUCAGGUGUUUACAUCUAAUGUCAGAACUGUUAUUAUUGGACCUCCUGGUUCAGGAAAGGCUACCAUCUCUUUGCGUUUACAGAAAGACUUUGCUUUGAAAUAUAUAUGCUGUGGCGAUAUGCUAAGAAACCAUGUUGCUUUAAAAACAGAUAUUGGGAAGCAGGUAAGCAGGUUUGUCCAGAAUGGUUCACUUGUUUCGGACAGUUUAGUCACUAAAAUGAUGAUUGCUGAGUGUCAAAGUUAUGCAAGCGAUAACUUACUUAUUGAUGGAUUUCCGAGAACUAUGAUACAAGCUGAAGACGUUCAAAAACAACUUCCUGUCAGCUGUGUUCUUUGCUUAGAUGUACCCUUUGAAGAAAUCAUAAAUAGAAUCAGUGGGAGAUACACUCAUGUCCCAAGUGGUAGGACGUACAAUGAUAAUUUUAACCCUCCGAAACGCAAAGUUAGUAUGAUAUGACCUUGUAAACUAUAUUACUUGAUAGCUUUUACUCAUUGCUAUUAUAUUGUAUCUUAACAUUUAAUUUUUGUGACCAAUACGGCUUGGAUCUUUAAUACCUUUGGGUGUACUGGUAAGUUGUGUGCAUAAUGAAUUUCCCGUUUUGAUCAUCAUCGUCCAUGUAGAUUUAAGUUCAUUAGUACUAACUUUUGCAGAUUUUCCGUUCUUAUGAGUUCAGAAUCAACCGUAAGUUUAUUUCGUCUCGUUUUCAAGAGGGUUCGGUAAAAACACUGGUUAGUCUCUUUCCCUGAGCCAUGAAUAAUUGGGCUGGAAACAGUACACAAACAUUCACUAGGCAAGUGAAUUACGUCAUGAUGCUGCCACAAAAUCAUUACAGUCUACACGGUCAGUUGGCAAGUCGAGCUGAUUAGGAUGUGUAUUACAUAUGCUCAACUAUCAUGCUUACUUUAAAUACGUUGAAAGCAACUUAGGGAUAAUCAAACUAAGACAGCCUUAGUUCAUGAAGCCAUUGAUUGUUGGUUGAUUCGGACUACCUGAUUGAGGUGUGCGUGAUAACUGCGAUCAGUGGUUGGAGACUUUGGGCAAUAAGAUGUUGCAUCGUCCAUAAUUGUACAGAUGCGUUCACUGCUUAUCUUCUUGGUCUUGAGUCCCAGGAUCUAUACAUACAUGCCUUUUCCACUCUGUCUAUCAGGGCCAUAUUCUUAUUCAAUCUGUCACCGUAAGUAUCAUAUUAUUUCGAUCGCUUUGGCUGUUCAUCUUAGUUUCAUGUUUUCGUAAUAUUAUGGUAAGACAACUGGGGCCGAUAUACAUCUUUGCCAGGUUCUACGUUGAUAGUGACUGACUGACACUUAGUACUAGAAUCAAUUAUCUUCCUGUUAGUUCACCACCUUUAUAAAGCGUUGGAGAGACACUAGAGAGUUAGAGACACUAAAUAAUAUGCUUAGAUUUGUCGGUUGUAUACUUCUAAAUCAGUUAGGCGUUAAGGUACAACAAUCCUUCAGUAGGUUCAUCGAAAUUAAUGACGGGAAGUCUCACUAUAAAGAUUUUCUUCCUAUGUCUUGUUAUGUGGCAUUUUACUCAUUGAUUUAUAUUACUAACACUUGUGAGAUAAAAUGCUACUACUUCUCACUGUAUAUUGAUCAUACCAUUACCAUAAAAUUUUGGGAGUUUUAAUUUUUUGGUAAUUUUAACAAUUCUAGAAACAUACCAUUAUGUGCUUGCUGCUAUUUCGAUGUCAAAAAAAUUUAGUGGGUGUAUUUAGCAAUAUUAUAAGCGUCUUGGAUCCAACUCAUUUAGUGAGCUCAAACAGUAUUUAUUUCUGCGUAUUUCUGUCACUUAGUGAUGAGCAGUCUUUCCUUUACUUGUAUGUAAGGUUAGCCAAAUUUAUGUUCGAUCUUCCUAAAUAUAGCCACUGCUUUGUGGAAAAAUGUAUGUUAGUUGGGGGUUGAAUUUAAGCUUUACAAGGACAAGAUAAUUACUAUUGUCAUUCACAAUUGUCAGCUUAAGCUUAACAGAUAAGAUGUUGAAACAAGUCAUCCAAUAUAAAUGUGUUACAGUUCCGUUGCAGUCAAAACCGUGCUGUGUUUACGGGGGGUUUGUGUUUAUAUUUGCGUUCGUCCCCAAUGUCCUGUGUUCAUAUUGGAGAAAUAUAGUCAUCAGUUUAUAACUUAAUGUAACCCAUGAACCAUCCUCUUUUAUCACUACUUUUAUUUUGAAAAUAGGGAUUUGAUGAUGUGACUGGAGAACCUCUAAUACGCAGAGAUGAUGAUGACCUGAUAACUGUUCGUAAACGUUUGGAUGUUUAUCAACUUUCUACUUUACCAUUGCUUGAUUAUUACGGAAAACAGAAGAUUUUACAUAUAUUCCAUGGAUGUCGUACAAAUGAAAUUUGGCCUCAAGUGUAUAAGAUUUUCUCUCAAUUUGUUAAACCUAUACAGUGUACUGAAUAUGAUACGAAUUAAUGUUUCUUUAUUGUCAUUAUUAUCACACUCCUAUUUUAGUAUUAUCGUAGUUGUACUUUUUAGAUUUAUUUGCAUAAGACUCUAAUCGGAUAGUUCUUCGUAUUAUUAUUGUCAAGUAAAAGAUGUAGCUGAUUUCUAUGCAUUAGUAUUAACGAAAAUAGCAUGUUGAUUGACCACUGAUGUACAGUAAUACAAAAUAUGGUCGAAUGAUGUUUGUACGCAAAACUAAAUUCUUGACGUCAGUCCCUCUUGAAAAAUUACUAGUCAGAAGAAUGAGGUUGUUUUCAUGUAAAAAAAAAUGAAAUGCUUGUCGGCAAAAUAUCAACACAAAGAUGGUGUAAUAUAACGUGAAAGAUUCGGAAAAAAUCAGCUUGUAAGUCACGUUCUAAUCGAUUAGGCGUUGACUGUUAAGCUGGUUGCUUGACUAUCGUAUAACUGCUAAGUUCAACUUCAGUAAAUUUGUUAUUUUUUUUAAUAAGCUGUAUGUAACAUAGUUGACGUCGACAAAUAAAAUAGUUUAUGAAAUCGUAAUCAGAAUAAUAGUUGGGAAUAUAGGUCAAGUUAUAAAUCGCAAAUACAGUGUGGUUUAAAAAUAUAAGUAGGUGUUAAGAUCAUCUAAACUGAGAGGAAGAAAGUUAUUAAUUGUUCAUAAGAAAUUUUAACCUUUAUUUGAGAGCAUAGUGAGGGGAAGAAGGCGACUCUCUUGUCUAACAUAUUUUGACGACAUUGGAGUAUUUCAUCCCUUUGGAGUGAAUCGAUUGUCGUGAUCCUCUUUGGAAAUGGCUUGCAUGAUGUAAGUGCCGGUCAUCAGGUGCAUUUUUGAUACCAGAUGCGUCUGAAGUAGUUGCUUUUCACUCAAUAUGCCGAUUGUCCAAAGUGCUUGGAAGGUAGUCUCACGGAAAGUAAAUCUCAAUUCGUUCUGGUCGUGGGUGUAUUGGUUGUACCUUUGACUUUCGCCAAAUUCCUAAGCAUCAAGUAUUUCAAUGAAAUAGUUUUUGUAUCUUUUAACAUUAGGACUCCAUUAAGCUCAUGAUAUACUUUCAGCUUACUUCAUAGAGGUGUUUGAGAUGUUUAUAAACAUUUAAAAGCUGUUCGUAAGAAUACCUGGGGUAACGUGAGGAAUUAUUAUUACUUCUCAAUUGCUGCAAAUCAGUUAUUCGGUCCUAACGUCCCAUCGACAACAGCUUAAAAAUAAUUCUCACUGAGGUAGGGCAAUGUGGUUAGACAGUUUGAGCUAAGAAGAGUUAAAGAGAGGUGGCACACAUCUUUGUAUAUUGUUGACUGAAUUCGUAUAUUACGAAGCCCUUAUACCCACUUUUUAUUCAUGUUAAUAUAACUUGUGUUAUUAAUAUUUGUUUUUUAAUCAAACAGUCGGACAAGAGUGUCUCCGUUUACGUGAUUUAGCCU